UCCAUUUCAUCAAAUCUUUUCUUCUUCUUCACUCUCCAAAAACCAAAAUUCCAAUCAAAAGAUUCAAAUUUUCAAAAUCUUGAACAAAAUGGGCAUCUUCCACAAACACAACCAGUCAUGCACAGUAGCAGACUCCCACAAAAGAAUGCACAAAAUCUUCCUUAUCUGCAACUACAUUCUCCUAAGUGCCGCCUCCAGUUGCAUCUUCCUCACGCUCUCCCUCCGCCUCCUCCCGUCUCUCUGCGGGUUCUUCUUCAUCCUCCUCCACACUCUCACCAUCAUCGGCGCCAUCUCCGGCUGCUCCGUGGCCACCUCCGACACCUCGAGCAAGCUCUACGCUGCUCACAUGAUCGCCAACUCACUAACGGCUAUAUUCCAAGGUUCGGUUUCCGUUCUUAUUUUCACUCAGACCGGUGAUUUCUUGGGGUACUUGAAAUCUUAUGUUCGGCAAGAGGAUGGUGAGGUUAUUUUGAAGAUGGCCGGUGGGCUUUGUGUGCUGAUCUUUGUGUUCUUGUGGGUGGCUUUGACUCUGGCUUUUUUGCUGCGGUAUUAUGCUUUCAUUGAGGGCGGCAACGGCGGUGGCCACGGCGGUGCAACUAAUACAAGUGGCGGAGUUUAUCAUGAGGAGGAGUUGAAGAAGAAUUGGCCGUUGCAUCUUCAAGGUGUUUGAUUUGGUUUAGAGUUAAUUAGUUUAAUUAAUUCUUGAUUAAUCUCUCAUUUUGAUGAAUUAUUGUUGGUUGUACUGUUGUUGAUUAUUAUUUUGUUUGUAUUUCAUUAUUCUUUGAGAUGAAUUAAGUUUAGUAGUACUAUUGUUAUAUUACAUAUCAUGUAUGAUCAUGAAAAUAUUUAUAUGAUACUUUGAUUUGAUGA